UCUGGCCCGGCGGGAGGCCAAGACCCUUGCACAUGCGGUCGCGCAAGCUUGGCGAUUGGCAGGUGCCAUUUCCGCCUUUGAGACGCGUAAAGUGAACGCGUAAUGUACAACACUGGACCCAAAGUUACCUUACGCUUCGUAACUAUCACGACGAAACCUUGUGGUGUUCUACUCACAGAACCAUCCGGCGCCAUGUAAUCGGAGUAGCGAGACGGGAUAUCCAGAUGAUGCGCCCGCUCAGAGACAGGAAACCGGCGCCCAAGGCAACAAAGCCACCUCCUUUUCCACAAACAUUCACACCCCUCCGAGCUAUUCUCGACGACGACGGCGAUGCCCAGCCUGGGUCUAUGGUUAAUGUCAUUGGCGUUCUUAAAGACUGCCGAGCUCCCGUCGCGACACACGGAUCGGACUGGAAGUGCACUCUGACCAUCUCUGACCUGUCCAUUGAAGAUGAACCGGCAGGAGUUGAGCUCGUCAUCUUCCGCCCCGAGGCGCGGAUGCCCGAAGUCGGCGCAGGAGACGUGAUUGUUGUCCUAAGCGCAAAGAUUCAGAGGUUCAAAUCGAACCCGAAGUCUCUCAUCACCAGCAAGACUACCACCAUUUGCGUCUACAAGGCUAGGAAAAUACCCGUCUAUCCCGCUUCAGCACAGGUAGCACUCUUGCCCCCCAAGCCGGGUGAAAGCCACAAGCUGCUGAAGGAGGAACACCACCAGUAUGUGUCAUACUGCUACCAUGUGAUUGACAAGUACGACGUUCCCGACGAGGCCGAAUACCAACAGAGAGUUACCGUAUCACUGAACGUCAAAGACAAGUUCAGUCUCCUGAAGGACGUUACGGACGGCAAAUUCUACGACUUAAUCGGCCAAGUCGCCAAGGACCCCUACACCGACGAGAUGGGCCGAGUCACCCUUUACCUCAGCGACUACACCGAAAACGACCUCUUCUUCCAUUACACCUGGGAAGGGGUUAGAGACCUCGCAUACGCAGCCAGGCCAGCCGAUGCCUACCCCGAAGACAACAACCCGGAAGCCGCCCAACAACACCCAUGGGUCGGCCCCUACGGCAAACGGACCAUCCAAAUAAGCUGCUACGACGCGCAUGCCGACUUCAUCCGCGAAGCCGGCGUUUCAGCCGGCACCUGGCUCUCGCUGCGCAACGUGCAAGUCAAGUUCGGCCGCAACGGCGCGCACCUUGAGGGCUUUCUCAGGGAGGAGCGCAACGCGUCCGCGCGGAAAGUCAAUGUCGAGAUCCUCGACAUCGUCGCGCCGCACCCCAGCGUUACCAAAGAAGAAGUCGACCCGCGCCUCAAGGAGGCCGUCCGCCGCUGGCGCGAUUACUCACAGGAGAAGAAGACGCAGAUCAAAGCGGUCAAGGCCGCGCAGGAGGCUGGCGCUAAGCGGAAAUUCGCCAGAGCUGGCAGCAACGAUGAGGUGCUCCUCGAUGGUCAGCCACCCAGUAAGAAGUUAACGGCCAAAGAACGGCGCAAGCUGCGCCGCGCCGAGUUGGAGAAGAAGGCGGCUGAGGAACAGGAAAAGGCCGCCCUAGGCUUGAACGAGCUGGUCACAUGCGAAGCGCACCCGAAGGCUGUGUCGACGCUCGCCUCCAUUCUGGGGCCGGUCAUGUACGAGACCAUGGUCGAUAACCAGCCCGUCAGGAUUCCGCUGCCGUUUACCAACGCCAAGUAUAAUGCUCGAGUCCGCAUCGUGGACUUUUUCCCGCGCAACCUGGAGGAUUUUGCUUGUGGCAGGAAGCGGACUGAGUUUGAUAUACUGUCGGACAACGAUGACAACGAUGACGAUGACGAAAGUGAUGAAGACAACCUUAACUCCACCAUGGACGCUUCAGACGAUGAAGACCAUGACAAAGGUCGAACAUGGGAAUGGCGCUUCGCCCUCCUCCUCGAGGACGCCAGCGCCCCGUCAUCGCCCGCCACCUCCACUACUGCGGCAGACAAAAAACGGAAACGUGACGACCCCAAAGCAAGAGCGAGGCUCUGGGCAACGGUAGACAACACAGAAGCACAAUGUCUCACCGGCUUGGACGCCGUAAACCUCCGUCGAGACCCCCACACUUUGGCUACCUUGCGGGAGAGGAUGUUUACCCUCUGGGGAAACCUGGAGGAGCUCAAGGCUGCUAAAGCUCGUGCAGCGGCCAAGGAGAGGGAGGAGAGAGGCGAGGGCGAGGGCGAGGAUGGGAAUGGAAAUGGGAAUGGCAGGAUAACGAAAAGGCAUAAAGGAGGAAAGGCGACGACGGUGGUACAACUGGAGAAUUUGAAGCCACCGCUGGAGGACUCGGAUGGCGAGCAGCAGCAGCAGCAGCAGCAGGAUCAAGGGGAGGAAGAGAUUUCUAACAAACCGUUUAGUUGCUGUCUGAAGCAGUAUGGCGUUCGCGUGUCGGAGGACGAUGACGGGCUGCCCAAGACGGAUGGACCUGCGGGCGGGUGGGUGAGGGUGUUUGGGAUGUUUGGUACCAAGAUAUGUGUAUGAAUUGGAUGAUACCUAUUUGCUGAUCCAUAUUGGUCGAUAAGACUAUUGCACCACUACACUUUAUCGCAAUGAGCUGUGCUGUACGACUUAAAAGAAGCCGGCAAAAGUCACGCCCUAUGUGCCUAGGUAUGAACUCAUGACCACCGUAACUGCUUUUCGAAUCCAUUAUAAUAGCGACUUUAAGAACCGAGAGAGAACACGAUGAAUGAACGAAACAAUUGAAAUCCGAGUCCUCAAGUAAAAAGCCUGCCUGCAUGCCUGCCGCCCAAUCAUUUAA